AUGGACGCCAGCAAAUUGCUGACAGAAGGCAACGCGCGCAGGCGCCGCAACAGCGCAACAGCACCACGAACGCCAGGUGGCGCUAGCAGCAUCAGGCAAAGGUGCGUAACAGUGACGAGUCGGCAAAGUCGCAACAACAAUGUCGCCCCAGGACACACUUGCUCACGCCCACAUCUGGACACGCCCAGGCCAAUGGGCAAACCUUUGGCGGCGGCGCACGAACAGCUCGAGCUGCUGCUCACGCGCAUUGAACGCGGCAGCGACGACACCAGUCAGCUGGGACAGCGACGUCGUGGGAACAAGCCGCCAGCGCGUGCCGUGCGCCGCCAGAUGGCGCUUCCGCCACCGGUGCCAAAUGCAACGCCGCUGAGCAGCGCCCGUUACAAGCAGAAGGAGCUGCAGCCAUCAGAGUGCAGUCAACAACAACAGCAAGAGCAACAACAACAACAACAACAAGUGGUGCCGCUCGCCCAUAAUCCGCAGCUGCUGUUGCCGGCACAGCGGCGUGCGCUGCUCGAGCUGCUGUCGCAUACGGAGCAGCCGCAUGACCAGCACAUCGUCCAUAUGCUGACGACUGGCCAUGGCCAUGGCGACGUCGACGUCGAUGUCGACGCUAAUGGUGAUGUUGCCGGGGAUCCAUCGCGCAAUGCCAUGCGCCUCACGCUGCAGAUGCUUCCGCUGGCGCUGAAGCCCGGAAACUCACCGUAUUGCAAACGCUUCUGGGCAGGUCAUCGGUAUCUCAAGGAACGCCAGAAGCUGCAUCAACAACUCGAGCCGAACGAUAUGCGCUACAAAGAGGUGAAAAUCUUGCGAUCCUCCAAAGGCAAAUUCUUUCUCUCGCAGACGCUUGAGGAAGAGUUGAAAGACGAGAAGCAGGUGCUGGAUUUUAUUGACUCGCAAUUGUAUCAAAGUCAACAAAAAGCGUUGACUCCCGAGCAGCGGGAGAGGCAACAGCAGGCGCUGGACGAACGUGCCGAGCUCGAUCGGCAAAAGCAACAGGUGAGCGAGUGGCGUCGACGUCAUCAGCAACACGAGCUGAAGAGGGCUAAGAUCGAGGCCAAUAAGUUGUUGGCCAAGCAAAUGCGUGAGAAACCAGUUCAACGGCAACUGCAAGUUAUUCCGGAGGAGGUCCACAUGGAUGGAGAGGAGACGCCACGUCCCUCAGCUGGACAAUUGGCUAUGCCGGAGGAGCUUAAGCAACUGUAUCUGCAACGCCAACAGUUCCAGCAGCAGUGUCAACAGAGCAAUCUCUACAACAAUCCCAAUUGCGCAGCGCCCUGGAAACUCUUUGCCAACAUUGCCAGCAAUCUGAGCGCUCAGCUGACGUCGCAAGCCGAUGAUGAACUGCAUCGCAGCAUUGCAAAUUACCUCAAGGAUUUUGUGGCAACCGAAGCGCGUUUUGGCAAUCAAAGCGAAGGCUAAGCUUGGAGUCUCAAUCCAUUCCCGUGAUUUGAAUCUUUCUCAAUUCUUUUUUGGACUGUCCCUUAAACGUUUGUCUUCCUCUGUCCGCAAAGGGCACAUCAAAUUAUUAUGCAGCGUACGAACAAAUUCAAUGUACAUUCGUUUCGAUAUGACCUUAGCACAAAUUUUAAAACGGAAUUUAAUAAAAAGCCAAAUGUUUGAAAUAA